GGCAGGUGUACAAGGUGCGCCAUGUCCACUGGAAGACGUGGCUCGCCAUCAAGUGCUCGCCGAGCCUGCACGUCGACGACAGGGAGCGCAUGGAGCUUCUGGAAGAAGCUAAGAAGAUGGAGAUGGCCAAAUUCCGCUACAUCCUGCCUGUGUAUGGCAUCUGCCAGGAGCCCGUGGGUCUGGUCAUGGAGUACAUGGAGACUGGCUCCCUGGAGAAGCUACUGGCCUCGGAGCCGCUCCCGUGGGACCUGCGCUUCCGAAUCGUCCAUGAGACAGCCGUGGGCAUGAACUUCCUGCACUGUAUGGCCCCGCCACUAUUACACCUGGAUCUGAAGCCAGCAAACAUCCUGCUGGACGCUCACUACCAUGUCAAGAUUUCUGAUUUCGGGCUGGCCAAGUGCAAUGGGCUGUCCCAUUCGCAUGACCUCAGCAUGGACGGCCUGUUUGGCACCAUUGCCUACCUUCCUCCAGAGCGCAUCCGGGAGAAGAGCCGGCUCUUUGAUACCAAGCAUGAUGUGUACAGCUUUGCCAUCGUGAUCUGGGGUGUGCUCACACAGAAAAAGCCGUUUGCAGAUGAGAAAAACAUCCUGCACAUCAUGGUGAAGGUGGUGAAGGGCCACCGCCCAGAGCUACCACCUGUCUGCCGAGCCCGGCCCCGCGCCUGCAGUGACCUCAUACGCCUCAUGCAGCGGUGCUGGCAUGAGGAGCCACGGGAGCGGCCCACCUUCCAAGAAAUCACUUCUGAGACCGAGGCCCUAUGUGAGAAGCCUGAAGAUGAAGUAAAAGAAGUGGCUCGAGAUUUGGACCUGAAGAGUUCCCAGGAGCCCAAGAGCGAGGUGGUGCCCGUGUCCACUCGUCUCAAGCGGGCCUCUGCCCCCACCUUUGACAACGACUACAGCCUCUCCGAGCUACUGUCGCAGCUGGACUCUGGGAUUUCCCAGGCCAUUGAGGGCCCAGAAGAGCUCAGCCGUAGCUCCUCUGAGUCCAAGCUGCCAUCGUCCAGCAGUGGCAAGAGGCUCUCUGGGGUGUCUUCAGUGGACUCUGCCUUCUCUUCCAGAGGGUCACUGUCGCUGUCUUUCGAGCGGGAGCCCUCGAUGGGUGAUCUGGGUACCACAGACAUCCAGAAGAAGAAGCUUGUGGACGCCAUUGUGAGUGGGGACACUAGCAGGCUGAUGAAGAUCCUGCAGCCGCAGGAUGUGGACCUGGUGCUGGACGGCGGUACCAGCCUGCUACACCUGGCGGCAGAAGCCGGGCAGGAGGAGUGCGCCAAGUGGCUGCUGCUCAACAAUGCCAACCCCAGCCUCCCUGACCGCCGGGGUGCCACCCCGCUGCAUGUGGCUGUGGAGCGGCGCGGGCGUGGUGUCGUAGAGCUCCUGCUGGCACGGAAGAGCAGUGUCAACGCCAAGGAUGAGGACCAGUGGACAGCCCUGCACUUCGCGGCCCAGAACGGAGAUGAGUGCAGCACACGGCUACUGCUGGAGAGGCACGCCUCCGCAGAUGAGGCGGACUUUGAGGGCCGCACACCCAUGCAUGUGGCCUGUCAGCAUGGCCAGGAAGGCAUCGUGCGCAUACUGCUACGUCGUGGCGUGGACGUGACCUUACGGGGCAAGGAUGCCUGGGUGCCACUGCACUAUGCUGCCUGGCAGGGCCACCUGGCCAUUGUCAAGCUGUUAGCCAAGCAGUCAGGGGUGAGCGUGAAUGCUCAGACGCUGGAUGGGCGGACACCGCUGCACCUGGCUGCCCAGCGUGGACACUACCGUGUGGCCCGUGUCCUCAUUGACCUGGGCUCUGAUGUCAAUGUCCACAGCCUACAGGCGCAGACACCACUGCAUGUGGCCGCAGAGACAGGGCACACCAGCACUGCCAGGCUGCUCCUGCACCGGGGUGCUGGCAGGGAUGCCGUGACUGCAGAUGGCUGUACUGCCCUGCACCUGGCGGCCCGCCAUGGACACCUGGCCACCGUCAAGCUGCUGAUGGAGGAGAAGGCUGACGUGCUGGCCCGGGGGCCCCAAAAUCAGACGGCCCUGCACCUGGCUGCUGCCCACGGGCAUGCAGAGGUGGUGGAGGAGCUGGUGAACGCCGACCUCAUCGACCUGGCUGAUGCACAAGGGCAGAGCGCGCUGCACCUGGCUGCACAGGGCCGGCACGCGCAGACCGUGGAGACCCUGCUCAGGCAUGGGGCCCACAUCAACCUGCAGAGCCUCAAGUUCCAGGGCAGCCACGGCCCUGCCGCCACGCUCCUGCAGCGAAGCAAGACCUAG